CUUCCCCUUUCAUUCCACCAUGGAUUUCCUACCAGAGCAUACAGGCGCGGCGUCUUGCGCAGUGCGUAUUUCUCCUCCACUACGCAACCGCCCACAACCUCAUCUAAGAAACAGUCCCUCUCCUCCUCCUAGUCGCCAUCACUAUCAUCAUCAUCCUUGUUGUGGUCGUUCUUCCAUGAGCCCAAUGACCUCUCCCGCCGCCUGCGUUAUGCUUUCCGCAGCCAUCUUCCUCCUAACCAUCUGCUCCGCGCAACUGCCGCCGCGCACAUCCCACUCUGGCUCCCGCGCCACGCUCCACUCCGCGCUUCCCCUCCGCUCGUCUCGCGCGAGACUCCUCGCCGCCGCUCCUCCGCCGCCUCCGCCGUUCCGCGCACAUUUCCGCGCCUCAUUCCGCUCCGCUUCCCGCGCCCAUUCCGCCUCCGCGUACGCGCAGCUGAUGGCCAUUCUGCAGCCAGUCGCGUUCGCGAAAGCCGCGGCGACGAAACUUGGUGACAAACAACCCGUCACCGUGCCGGCUUCAGAUUUCCCAUCGUCAGCGCAGUCGGCGCUUACCGGCCUUCUCGCACCGGGCUUUAAACUGCAGCUCGACGUGUGGCCUAUGUACAAGGCUAAUCUCUCCCACGUCUUCGCUACCGGCUGGGAUGAUUUCAAAGCACCAGAGCUUACUUCCCCCGAUGAUCCCGCCUAUUCCGCCAGCCUAACGGAGCUCGUUAUCGUCUACGUCAAGAUAACGAUGCAGGACACCAACCUUUCGUCCCUCCCGCUUGCGCCGUCCGCAAACUGGCCGUUCGCAGCGCAAAGCCCGCCCGUCCGCCCGUUCACGGCAAGCUUCUUCCCGUCGAUUCUCUCCGCGCAGGCGUACCCCGGCGCGGUAAUGCAGCCGUUUUGGGACAGCCGCCGCCAGGCCGCAGAGCAGCAGCAGCAGCCGCCGCCGCCGCCGCUGCAGCCGGCGUCGUCCGCGGGGCUCGCGACGCCCAUCGUCCUAGGUGGAGAUGCCGAGGUCUUUAGAUACCUAACGCCCGUGGCGGACACUGAGCAGCCGUACGAGUGCUACGCGGUGUCCGUCAACGGUGCGUACGCCAUAACCACCUCGACGGCCGAGGUCACCGCCACGCCCAAUGGCAAAAUAGUCAACCAGAGGUGCGAGGAGAAACUCCUCACGGACCAAUUCGUCGCCCUGAUAGUCCCCUCAACCGUUCCCCCCAUGCCUCCGCCACCACCCUCUCCCUCCCCACCUCCUCCCCCCCCCAGCCCGCCCCCCUCUCCCCCCCCUCCCCCGCCGUCGCCCAUCAUUCAGGCUCCUGUUCCGCCUUCCCCGCCUUCAGGGGGAGGGAGUUCGGGGGUGGGUAUAGGCGUGGGGGUGGCGCUUGGCGUGCUGGUGGCGGCGGGAGUGGCGGGGUUGGUGUAUGUAUGGCUGGCGCGGCGCCAGCAGAGGGAGAAGGGGGAUAGGAACCUGGGCAGGGGGCGAGCAGCUGUGUUUGCUGCGAUGCACUCUGCAAGCAAGAGCCGCUGGUGGUUUGGCGGCGGAAGCGGGAGGGGACUAGGGGAGAGCUUGCCAAGUAAGGGGAGCAAAGUGGAUUUAGCAAAGAAGCUGAGUGAAGCGGAUAUUGGUGCUGAGAAGGACAGGAAGAAGAAUGAGCUAGAGAAUGUGGGGAGUGCGGAGAGCGACAGGCUGGCGGAUGGAGUACUGUGUGAGGAAAUUGUUUCGGGUGAAGUAUUCACUGGGGAGAGUUCGCUGGGAACGGAUGUGGCUGGGGAUAUUAGUGACGGGAGAUAGAGGAUGGGACAAAGGCAUGGAGGAGAUUAAUAAGGGGUUUGUUGUCAGAAUGCAGCUUGAGGGUACAUUUGGGUGGAAAGGUUGGGAGGUCUCAGUGAUGGCUUGCGCCAACCAGUACCACCAUGUCAUAUGGCCAAGAGGCGUAUGCGGUGCCAGCGAUGAACGUAAGAGCUUCAUCAUUAUUUACUUCAUGGGAAUCGACCAUUGCAUCCAUCGUCUGCUCCAACUCAAGUGGUCUACACCGUUAGUGCUUCCCCAAUUUGAAGGUGCUUUUGCUCUCUUAGAUUGUAUGACUUCUUGAGUAGGAAUUUUAUGAAUUAAUCAGAGUAGUAACAGGGUAGUGCAACAAAGGAGUCGUGAUUCAGGAAUGUCGAUACAAAUGAGGGCCUGGACAUUUAUAGGCAUGAACAGAACUAGC